AUGGCUCCACAGUUUCUGAACCAAAUGCUUCACCCGUCAAGAUCCGAAGCGAAAGCCAUGCGGAGGCUCAAAGCCUGGGGCAACGGCUUCGACGACACGCUCACCACCUUCCGCGGGCGCAUCAUCCCGCGCCAAAGCGACCACCUCCGCUACAACCGCACGCGCGAAUACUGGGUACUCCCCGCAGGCAGCUGGGAAGUGAUGAUGAUCAAAGCCAAACUCAAGCGGCCCAAGCCCCGGCGCCGUAUCGGCGGCGGCGGUAGCAGUGGUCGGCCUCAGCUCUUCAUCAAACGCAAGCGCAAGUACGUGCCGGACAAGAAGUGGUUCGAGCGGGUGGCAGAGGACCAGCGGCGGGACAUGCUGAAGCCGGUGGCGGAGCGGGUGCAGCGCGCGCACCUCUACCACGUGCUCGACAACAACGUCCGAUCCAAUACUACUCCCUGCGUCGAGCUCGGCCAGACGUUCUUUCCAUGGGCACGCCUACCGGCGGAUAUCCAGAAUGCUAUCAUCGCGUUCGCGUGGGGCAAGCCGGACGAGCUGCGGCUGGAGUGGCUCGGCGGCGACGAGAAGCGCUUCCAGGCUCGCCGUCUUCACCAUGGAGAAAGCCACGGCCACGACGCAGGCGUCCGCUUCUCCCGCCGACACCCUCACCAUCGCCAACGUCACUCCAUCAUCUCCGCUCCCCCGCCCAUCCCCUUCUCCACCCUCCUGUCCGUCAACCGCGCUUUCUCCACUCGCGUCCUGCGCACCCUCCACGGCCUCACGACGCUCCACUUCACUUCCGCCGCCGAUCUCUUCCGCUUCCUUGAGACGCUGCACGCCAACUACCUGCCGCUCUUGGGCAGCCUCGUGCUGAGCACGACUGAUCUCGAUGCUUUCGAGGCGCUCACGCCGCGCCAUGCUGUCGUCGCGUCGCGCGGGUUGCGGAGCAUGAUGCUUAAUUCCGGAGGGGACGAGGGGGUCGAGUAUGAGGAUUGCUGUGGUGGUGGGGAAAAGAAUGGGCAUGGGCGUGGGCAUCACCGGGCGCCGCAUCGUGGUAAGAGUCUGCAGCGCGUUGAUGAGGAUGAGGAGGGUCCGCGGCGCCGGAGCCGUUGUGGAGGCGGUGGAUGUGGUCAUGCACAUCAUAAGCGCAAGAGCAGAAGUAUCAGCAGCAGUGAUAGCAGCAGCAGUAGCAGUGUGGACGAGGACUGCUGCUCGGAUGGCUGCUGCGGCCACGAUGAUAGCCGCGACCACCACCACGACAACCACGCAACAGACACGAGCUCCUCUUUCUUCUUCGCCGAGAGCGAAUCGUCCCUUCACAAGCGCCGAGGACGCAGUCAGCAGAAGAAGCGGCAGACGGCGCACAACCACAACAGCACAGCGGCUAUGGACAAGAGACACGCCCACCACGGCAGCGGACAUCAACACGGCGGUGGUUGUUGCGGCGACGACUACGACAUCAACCACGCGGUAGCGAACCACAGCGGCUUCUCCAUCGACGACGACGAUGAUGACGCCACGACCGAAGAGACGCAGUGGUGGCGCCGGCGCAGAUGCCAGCUACCAGAGUGGUUGCGCCGGUGGUGGAGCAGCAAGAAGAACAAGACGCUGCCGCUCCACCGCUUCUGGACUAAAGGGAAGAAAGUCCUUCCUCCUCGGCUGCGUGGCGGAAAAAGGAAGAAGAAGGGCGGCGAUGAGCACGACCACCACUCGCACCCCAAAGACAAGAGGCAGCAGACGGAGCAUGAAGAGGAGGAAGACGAGCGCCGCCGCUCGCUGCGAGUCGGCUCCGCUGCGCAGCCGAAAGACGUGCUGGAGGGGCUGAAAAGCUUCGUGCUUCGGAUCGAAGGGGGCGAGGGAUGCGGUAGUGGCGAGGGGAAGCGGUACUUCAGAUGGAUGCGGGUCGAGGACGACGAGCGGGCUGGAAGCAGCAGGGACACCCAUCCGAGAUCGACUAAUUAUGGCGGGCGGGUGGUCUGCCUCGUCCGGGGAGACUAUGCGAGCCAGACCGGCCUGCGGGCGGUGUGGGGUGCGGACUGGCUCGUCAGGGCGCUGCGGGAGACGAUGGCGCCGAGGAUGUGCGAGGUCCGGAUCGAGGGGUUGCUGCCUGAUGGCGAGGUGGUGGUCGAUGAGGGUGCGAGGGGUCUGGUGGUGGCGGGAGGAAGUCAGCAGCAGGGGAGUAGGAAGGGUAAGGAGCGUGCGGUUGAGGCUGCGGUUCUGCCGCAGGAGGAAGAGCCGUCAAGCCGACGGAAUGCUUUUGCUGAGCAGGAAAACUCUUCGGGUGAUGAGGAAUGGCAAUCUGCUGUCUCUUCCCUGAGCUUAGCAAAGCCGGUAGAAAGAUCUACGGUUGUCUGGAACACGAGGAAGCAGACAGGAACCUACUUGGGAAAGCAGGGUGGAGGAGCUCAAGGAAUCCCCUGGAGGGAUCUCAUGCUGCCGAAUGACUACAAGAAAAAGUUCCGGCUGGAACUGCUGUAG